AUGAACACCGACCAGCUUACUUGCACGUACGACUCUUCGCAGGAGCUGAAGUGGACCUCGAUUGCGAACCACAACAAGUGGGGUUACCUUUCUUUCUCCAACCGCAAGGAUGACCAAGGCCGCCCGAUCGCCACCACGUUGGAGAAGAGCGGCAAGCCUGCUAAGCCCGUGAAGUUUGACUUUUUGACGUGUGCCGCCCCGAAUGGAAAGCCUGGCUACAUGGGCUUCGGUUCGGGUAAGCUGAAGAACGGCAAGCACGUCGGUCAUGUUCGUCUGCAGAGCGAUCAUUCCAAGUGCCUAGCCGUCGAAUCGAUCAAGAGCGAAACGCACUUGAUUCUGGAGGACUGCAACCUCGAUGACACCAAGGUGCAGCGCUACCAGUUCUUCGGUCCCUCAAUCAACUACAUUACCAUGGGUCUGCAGCGGAACCCUUACCUGUCGAACGAUACGACGCAAGGUAACUUUUUUGUCGAUCAACAGGAGGCUGGUAAGCCUUUCAAGCUGGUGUUCAACACGAGCCCGUCCAAGGAUGCCUUGUACUGGAACCCCCGACCUGAGUGA